CGUGAAUUCGUGAAUACCCUCAGACAUUUCACAACUAUUCUCAAUGAAUUCAACAUGUAAAUUUAUAAAAUCUUGGAAUUCUCAUUGUUUCGUCUCGGGUACUAAAGAACCUGCAAAUUCAUUGAUCUUCAUGAAAUCAUGAAUCUACCUAGGUACCUAUUCACCUAGGUUAGACAUACAUCGGAGUACUCUUAAAAUAACACUUGCUUGGUAUUUAUUUGAAUCGGGAGAACGAGACCAUCAUCUCCACCCCUUCAUCCAUUUACCACCUAGGUAGCGUUACCUAGGUAUACUCACUUUAGUGCUACUACCUAGGUAGGUAGUUACUACUCUAGCCAUGGAACUCAAUACUGUUCCCACGGAGAAUGCACAAAAUGGUGUCCUCCUGGAAACUGGGUUCUCGCGUCUUCUGAGGCGUCGCAGCACCAAUGCAAGGCAUCAUGUCCGCGAACCUUCAGUAGACUCCCUAGACAGGAUCUUUGAUACUCGUACUGAGUCCCAGGUUCCACGCCUUCCUGUCGUCGAGAAAGUCAUGACCUCGGAAGACAGACACUACGCUAACAAUUCUUAUGGCAUCGCUGAGCUACGAGAUGGCUUCUUUGAUGCUAUCUUCCUCCCGCCCGAGGAGGUUAACGUCCAGGACCUUAUGACCCAGGCUGAGCAGACUCUUCCGUAUGCUUUUCGGAAGAAAGACCCGUUAUCCAUACACAACUUUUUACCUAAGCAAUGGCACGAGAUCAAGGGAGUUGUUCGUCGCGUCGGCACUACGAGGGCUGGUAUCAGGCUACUCAAGUCUUUCCUUGCUUUCUUCAUCGCAUAUAUCCUCUGUCUUUUCGCUCCUGUCCAGGACAGGCUCGGUCGUUAUAGUUAUAUCAUGGUAAUCUCGACCAUGAUUAAUCAUCCCAGCAGGACUUUAGGAGCCCAGGUUGAUGGUACCAUUCUUACGAUACUGGGCACAGCUACGGGACUAGGUUGGGGAGCUUUUGGUCUUUGGGUAUCUACCGCUUCAUCAACCGCACGAGUCGGUUACGGCGGUGUUCUCGCCGUCUUUCUCUUCUUAUACAUUUUUGUUAUUGCAUGUCUUCGUUCUUACUAUAUUCGCACCUACCAGGCUGUAAUCUGUGCUGGGAUUGCAAUCUCGUAUACUUGCCUAGCAGAAGUAUCUGGGAAAGAGGUUUCCUGGUCUAAACUCCUCGCUUAUGGUAUACCUUGGGUUCUUGGGCAAGCUAUUUCUCUCGUCAUAUGUUGCACUGUGUUCCCUGAUGCUGGUGCCCGUCCACUAGCUGUAGCUCUUCAUCAAUCUUUCGGUGUUAUGCUGGAUGGUCUCGGUUUGACGAGGCAGGAAAGUAUGAGGGUUCGGCGAAGGCUGACGCAGACAUUUGUCAGCAUGUCACAGGCGUAUAGAGAUCUAGUAAUCGACUUCUCCAUUACACUUUUUGACCCAAAAGACGUGUUGGCGCUGCGUAAUCUCAUUCAAGGCGUUAUCCGGGCAUUACUCAGCCUUAAUAGCGAAACGAGAAUUCUGGAUCGGCUUGGAGAUGAAUCAGUUAGUAAAUCAAGUCAUGACCGAUCUGUGCUGGAAGAAUUCAUUGUGGAUAUGGACGAGAAAGUACACAUGCCAGAAACUGAAGAGAUAAAGUUGGCGAAAUUCGUUGCGAACAAUUUGGCCGAGCCAACAGAAAGGCUUCUUGCAUCUAUGAAAAUUGCCCUGCAAAGUUGCGACGCUGUCCUGAUGGAAAUGUGUGGUCAUCGCCAAUAUCUUGGCCCUCCGAAGGACGUAUCAAACGAUAUUCCUGGGUCGCUUGUGAAGCUGCGUAAGCGCAUCAUGGCUUUUAGUAACUGUCAAGACAGCAUACUUGCGAGCGAUCGGCUACCCCCUAUGUAUGCAGAAUCUCCUGAGGUCGUUAAACUUUUCGCGUACUGCCGCCCAGUUCACCAAGCGGCGACGUCGAUCGAGGCCCUCCUAGUAAAAGUAAACGGGAUGGAACAGAGAAAACCAAAGCACCCCACGUUUCAUCCAUCAUCCUACACCUUUUGGAAAGCAGUACAUCGCACCAAUGCCCAAGUUCGACACGAUCGAGGUGGCGUAACUGCAGGCUCUUACUUCAAAAGCUUCAACGACAUAGCAGUGAUGAUCCAAAAGAUCAAAUCUCGAGACUUCCAGCCAUUGCCGAAAAAUGAUGAUGAUGGCAGCACAUGCCAAAGUCACGAUGCUUCGUAUGCCACAAUGACAGCUGAGGAUCUCGAGGACGAAUGGAGCAUGGAAAAGAACCACACGCGACGUAAUGUCUGGCUAUUUCUUCAUCGAUUGCAAGGCUUCGAAACACGAUUUGGUCUCAAAACUGCUGCGAUUACUUCGGUAUUAUCCAUCCCGGCAUGGAUUUCUCAAUAUCAUUCCUGGUGGGAUAGUUAUGAGGCUUGGUGGGCAGUCGUUAUGGCGUGGCUCAUAAUGGGACCCCGAACUGGUGGUAAUAUUCAGGACCUGUUCACACGAGUUCUAUGUGCCGUCCUUGGGUCUCUUUGGGCUGGUCUGUCAUAUGCAGCUGGAAAUGGGAACCGAUACGUCAUUGCAAUAUUCGCCGUUAUUUUCAUGCUACCUAUGAUCUAUAGGUACACGCAAAGUACGCACCCGAGGUCUGGGCUUGUGGGCUGCGUUUCAUUCACGGUUGUCUCUCUUGCGGAAGUUGCCGCGGAAGGCAGGCCAUCUCCAGCUACAGUUGCGGCAUCGCAUGGUACCGCCAUGGUUAUCGGUGUAGUGGCAUCAAUAAUCGUGAAUUGGGUGUUAUGGCCAUUUGUUGCUCGCCAUGAUCUGCGAAAAGCAGUGGCUGCCAUGCUGUUUUACACUAGCAUUGUCUAUCGGAGUAUUGUGUCUAGAUAUGUAUACUACGAGGAAGGACAUGAACCUACCCAAGAAGAUAUACAAGCUUCGGAGAUACUCGAAGGACGUUUGCGAGAAGGGUUUGUAAGGUUAAGGCAACUUUUGGGUCUUACACGCCACGAGAUACGUCUUCGAGCCCCUUUCGAUCCUCUGCCCUAUUCGGCACUGAUUGACGCUUGUGAGCGGUUUUUCGAGUAUACAGUCACAGCCCGCCAGGCAUCUUUGUUUUACCAUCCACAUUUCAUUAGAGACAACACCGAAUUCGCCGCAGACUUACUGGGUCAUCGAAGAGAUGCGAUUGCGACUAUCUUGACCAAUCUUUACGUCCUCUCUGGAGCCCUACGCGCCAACAGAAAAGUGCCUAGAUAUCUUCCAAGUGCUGCCGCAACUCGCAAGCAGCUACUAGAUCGAAUGAGGGUGCUCGAGUCCGAACUCGAAGCUAGCGGGCGGCUGAACGCCGACGAGAAAUCAGAAGGGAAGAAAUGGGCGCAGAUCUACAGCCACUCAUAUAAUGAGAGCUUGACAGGCUGCGUUGAACAGUUGGAAGAGCUGGAGAAAUACACCAAGGUUAUUGUUGGUGAACAAGGAUUCGACUGUGCUUUCACGGAUGGUGAAUUAUUAAAGGGUUGAGUAAUACUUCUACGUGUACUCCAAGUCUCCCUUAAAAGAUUAUGAGGCAGGUAGUUCUGCCACGCAAUGUGUUCCUAUGUUUUUAUGCACUAGGUACUAAUCAGCAAAUUCCUAUCUAAAGACAUGUUAUUCAGGUCGGGAGACGAUGUUAACGGUCGAUGCUUUAUGAAUUGAGAAGGCCUCGUGAGAUUUAGAUGACUAGGCAGCCAAGGAAAUGAUUAUACGAAUACUAUACGAAUUUUGCGACGGGAAUCACUUACUGUUCUUUACGAAGGUCAUCACCAAAGUCUGAUUUUUUUUAAUUAAUUAUUUUUGGGAGAUAUAGGAACUGUUAUAUCAGACUUGCCCGUAACUUCGUAAUGGCUAGCGUCAGCACGUUCCUGAUUGAUUGGUUAGUUCUAAUUCAAGAGGCCAAACCGGUUCGUUUCCACUUUGGCCAUUGCCAAC